CAGUAAAUUUUUCAGGCUUUGGGUUUGAAGAUGAAGAUUCUGAUAACAUUCCUCUUUAGUUGUGUACUAGUUUUGUCCAUAAUGUUAUUAUCAUCCUCAAAAAACAUCAAGAACCAACUUCUUGAUGCUAUAUCCACCGUUUCAAAGGAAUCCGAAACACCGAGGGAUAAACUGUUGGGAGGACUUUUAACCGGCGAUUUCGAUGAAGGUUCUUGCUUCAGUAGGUAUCAUAAAUCUUCGUUGUAUCGCCAGCCUUCGCCAUACAAGCCUUCAGAAUAUCUCGUCUCUAAGCUUAGAAGCUACGAGGUGCUGCACAAGCGUUGCGGUCCAGACACAAAAGCUUACAAGGAAGCAACAGAGAAUCUUGUUCGUGAUGAGAAUUAUGCAGAAGGCAACUCCAUCGGUGAAUGCAGAUACAUUGUGUGGAUCGCGGGUUACGGGCUUGGAAACAGAAUGCUUACCAUUGCUUCUGCCUUCCUCUACGCUCUCUUAACAGAGAGAAUCAUUCUCGUUGACAACCGCAAGGAUGUUAGUGAUAUCUUAUGCGAGCCAUUUCCAGGUACUUCUUGGUUGCUUCCUCUUGACUUCCCAUUGAUGAAUGGUACUUACCGGUUCGACAAGGGAUACUCUCGUUGUUACGGAACAAUGCUGAACAAUCACGCCAUCAACUCGACUUCUAUCCCGCAGCAUCUAUAUCUUCAUAACCUCCAUGAUUCAAGGGAUGAAGAUAAGAUGUUCGUCUGCGAAAAGGAUCAAGGUUUGAUCAACAAAGUCCCUUGGUUGAUUAUUCAAGCCAAUGUCUACUUUGUUCCGUCUCUAUGGUUUAAUCCAACUUUCCGACCCGAACUAACGAAGCUGUUCCCGCAGAAAGAUACAGUCUUCCACCUUUUGUCUCGGUAUCUUUUUCAUCCGACCAAUCAAGUUUGGGGUAUGGUCACAAGGUACUACCACGCUCACUUAUCCAGAGCGGACGAGACACUCGGGAUUCAAAUACGGGUUUUCAGAAAGAACGCUGGAUAUUUCCAGCACGUCAUGGACCAGAUCGUAGGUUGUACGCAAAGACAGAAACUCUUGCCUGAGUUGGCUUCACAAGAAGGACCACAAGUCAACGCAUCGAGUAUCACAAAAGUUAAAGCUGUUCUUGUCACAUCUUUGUAUCCAGAGUACUCUGACAACUUAAAGAGCAUGUUUUGGGAGCGACCAAGUUCGACAGGAGAGGUUGUUGAAGUCAAUCAACCAAGUGGAGAAAGGUUUCAGCAAACAGACAAGAAGCUUCAUGACCAAAAGGCGCUUGCUGAGAUAUAUCUACUGAGCCUAACCGAUAAGAUUGUCACAAGUGCAAGGUCUACGUUUGGAUAUGCUGCUUAUAGUAUUGGAGGAUUAAAGCCAUGGUUACUUUUUCAGCCAAGGGAUCUUACAACUCCUGAUCCUCCAUGUGUUCGAUCCACGUCGAUGGAGCCUUGUUACCUUACUCCUCCGUUUCAUGGAUGUGAAGCUGACUGGGGAAAAAACUCGGGGGAGAUUUUUCCUUUUGUUAAGCAUUGUGAGGAUCUUGUGGAUGACGGGCUCAAGCUAUAUGAUGAAUUGUAGAUCUUGUUUAAGCAAUUUUAUCUCUCUUUUAGUUCUCCUGUAUAAUAAUCAUCAUCAUUGAUGUUCAGUGGAAGAUGUUACGCUUUACAGUUUACAACUGUAUACUAUGUUUUCAUAUGUCAAUGCAUAGAAACAUUUAGUUGUUCAAAACGUCUACAAGGUUUGCUUGGGUAUAAACAACUAAUAAACAGCACAUGUUAUAAUCAUAUUCAAACAUUUAGUUAUCAAUGAGGUUUUCUGGAGGUUACUUUAUGUGUCAUUUAAGACAGUAGGUAGCAUUGACCAUUGGUGAGUAUAUUGCAAUCGUUUUUUACAUUCUAACUAGCCCCGUUAAUUCUAUAAAAAUGAGUUGCUUUGUGAUGAGAAAGUUAAUUUAUACCUGAACAAAGAAUGAUUCUCUCUGUUAUGUUCUCAAGACCUAUAAUGGUGUUUCCACAACCACAUCAGACCCGGCUCAACAAUAAAUAAAACCCUGGGAUAAAAUUUUCUCAAGAAGGAGAGAAUGAUAUAAAAUCCGAAACCAAUUUCGACCAUACCACCCAAAUCCCAACCAUGAAACAAGCUCCAAGGACCCGGUUUGGAACAAUAGACAUGCACAAAAUCUUUAACCAGUCCGUAGAGGUUCUAUUCAACCAACCGACCAACUAACUCAAACUUGAAGGCUUCACGAACAAGUGCAACCAGCUAAGCCUCAACGUACCAUUGCAAACACCAUUGCAAACCGGUCCAAAAGAAUGCUUGAUCCCUUCAUGAAGGGGAAGAAGAGGGUUUCCUUGUUUGUUAUUUCUCUGCCU